GCUCCUGACGGGCCGGGGCCUUCCCUUCCUUUCGCUUCCCUCCUCCACGGCCCGGUUAACGGUCGCUACCAGUUUAAAUGAGACGGGGUCCGGGCCGCCGCCGCCGCCGCGUCACCCACUGAGGCGGAGUCUGUCAGGAGGAAGGAGGAGGAGGGGGAGAGGAGAGGAGAGAGUGGGCGCCCUCUCCCCACCUCCCUCAUCCGGGGCCUGUCCCUGAGGGGGGAGCCGGGGCAGGAUGACUGUGCUGCAAGAACCCGUCCAGGCCGCUAUAUGGCAGGCACUUAACCACUAUGCUUACCGGGAUGCCGUGUUCCUGGCAGAGAGAUUGUACGCAGAAGUGCACUCAGAAGAUGCCCUGUUCCUAUUGGCAACCUGUUACUAUCGCUCAGGAAAAGCAUACAAGGCAUACAGGCUUCUUAAAGGACACAGUUGUACCACCCCACAGUGUAAAUAUUUGCUUGCCAAGUGCUGUGUUGACCUCAGCAAACUUGCAGAAGGAGAACAGAUCUUGUCUGGUGGUGUGUUCAACAAACAGAAAAGCCACGAUGACAUUGUGACAGAGUUUGGUGACUCUGCAUGCUUCAUGCUUUCGCUCCUGGGGCAUGUAUACUGCAAGACAGAUCGGCUUGCCAAAGGAUCUGAAUGUUACCAAAAGAGCCUUAGUUUAAAUCCUUUCCUCUGGUCCCCUUUUGAAUCACUAUGUGAAAUAGGUGAAAAGCCAGACCCUGACCAAACAUUCAAGUUAACAUCUAUACAGAACUUCAGCAGCUGCUUGCCUAACACCUGCACAACUGUGGUGUCUAAUCACAGCAUAACCCACAGGCAGCCAGAGACAGUUCUUACGGAAACGCCGCAAGACACGCUUGAAUUAAACAGACUCAACCUGGAGUCCUCCAACUCUAAAUAUUCCUCCAACACAGAUUCCUCCAUCUCUUAUAUUGAUUCGGCUGUAAUUUCACCAGAUGCUGUACCUCUUGGAUCAGGAACUGCCUUCUUAACUAAACAGGCUCAAAACAAACCAAAAACUGGCCGGAGUCUUCUGGGCGGACCAGCUGCUCUGAGUCCAUUAACACCAAGCUUUGGAAUCUUGCCAUUAGAAACCCCUAGCCCGGGAGAUGGAUCCUAUUUACAAAACUGCACAAAUUCUUCUUCAGUAAUUGAUGUGCCACCUCCAGGAGCCCCUUCCAAGAAGACUGUCACCAGAAUAAGCCAAGCUGGAACAAAGUCAGUCUUCUCACAAAGCGGAAAUAGUCGGGAAGUAACGCCAAUCCUUGUUGCACAAACACAGAGUUCAGGCCCACAGACAAGUACAACCCCUCAGGUAUUGAGCCCAACCAUUGCUGCUCCACCUAAUGUGCUGCCUCGAAGAAGUUCACGCCUAUUCUCUAGUGAUAGUUCUACAACAAAGGAAAAUAGUAAAAAGUUAAAAAUGAAGUUUCCGCCCAAAAUUGCAAACCGAAAGACAAAGUGUAAAACCAAUAAGGGAGGGAUCACACAGCCAAACAUUAAUGACAGUUUGGAAAUCACCAAACUUGAUUCGUCCAUCAUUUCAGAAGGAAAGAUUGCCUCCGUAACACCACAAAUCCAGGCAUUCACUUUACAGAAAGCAGCAGCAGAAGGUUUGAUGAGCCUUCUCCGUGACAUGGGGAAAGGUUAUUUAGCCUUGUGUUCUUACAACUGUAAAGAAGCAAUUCAUAUACUGAGUCAUUUGCCUUCUCACCACUACAACACGGGCUGGGUACUGUGCCAUAUUGGAAGAGCUUACUUUGAGCUUGCGGAAUAUAUGCAGGCUGAGAGGAUAUUCUCUGAAGUCAGAAGGAUUGAAAACUACCGAGUGGAAGGGAUGGAAAUCUACUCAACAACACUGUGGCAUUUGCAGAAAGAUGUGGCUCUUUCGGUGCUUUCAAAAGACUUAACUGAUAUGGAUAAAAAUUCACCAGAGGCAUGGUGUGCGGCAGGAAAUUGCUUCAGUUUGCAACGGGAACAUGACAUUGCCAUCAAAUUCUUUCAGAGAGCUAUACAAGUUGAUCCAAAUUAUGCCUACGCCUACACUCUCUUAGGGCAUGAAUUUGUGUUGACAGAGGAACUUGAGAAAGCAUUAGCCUGCUUUAGGAAUGCAAUUAGAAUGAAUCCUCGGCACUAUAAUGCCUGGUAUGGGUUGGGAAUGAUUUACUACAAACAGGAGAAAUUCAGCCUUGCAGAAAUGCAUUUCCAGAAAGCACUUCAUAUCAACCCUCAGAGCUCUGUCUUGUUGUGCCACAUUGGAGUUGUUCAGCAUGCCCUGAAGAAAUCUGAAAAGGCUUUGGAUACUUUGAACAAAGCUAUUAAUAUUGAUCCCAAGAACCCCCUCUGCAAAUUCCAUAGAGCCUCAGUAUUAUUUGCAAAUGAGAAGUAUAAGUAUGCUUUACAAGAACUUGAAGAACUGAAGCAAAUUGUUCCCAAAGAGUCUCUUGUUUACUUCUUAAUAGGAAAGGUUUAUAAAAAGUUGGGGCAGACCCAUCUCGCACUGAUGAACUUUUCCUGGGCAAUGGACUUGGAUCCCAAAGGAGCCAACAACCAGAUCAAAGAGGCCAUUGACAAGCGGUACCUUCCAGAUGAUGAAGAGCCUGUAACACAAGAGGAGCAGAUCAGUGAAUGUUGCCCAUAUGAGUCAGGCAGUGCAGGCCAUGUCCACAUAGAGACUGAGAGUGUGGAAACUGAAUUGUGGACAUCUCAGGCAGGAGCAGUUUGCUUAUGGAGAGUUGGCACAGAUGAGUCCCAGGCAAGCAGCAUGACUGACGCGGAUGACACACAGCUCCAUGCAGUAGAAAGUGAUGAAUUUUAACCUCAGAAGGUGGAUUCUGAGCUUGGAUGUGUGUCUGACUGAUACUGUUGGAUUCUUCCCUUCUCCUCCUGCCACAGAAACAGCAUCAUUCUCAUGCUCCACCGACACCCCAGGCACAUCAUUCAUCAGAUUUUAAUUGACACAGAAUUAAUGGAAAUGCAUUUUUGGGUCAUUAUUUGACUCUUUGGCUCUUUCAUCUUUAUAAACAUGAUUCUUUGAGGAGGAAAGACUUUUUUUUUAAACCUCCUUUUUGUUGAGAAACCUAUCAUGGAAAAAAGAUUUGCUAUAUGGGAGCUGAGAGAUGUGGGAAAGUAACUGAUGAAGCAGUUUCUUGCUCCUUCCCCAGAAAUGUGUCUUAGUUUUGGCUCUUUCCUCUUCAGUAAGCAGAGACCAUUUCCACCUUCUUCAGAGACAAGUGUGGAAGUACAGGACUGGAAUGUGUUAAAGACAUUUCUGAAUACUAUUAGAGUGUAACUUAAAUGCCAGAGAAUGUAAAUGACCUUAAAAACAACAGUGUCUCCUGUGAACAAACACAUUACAGAAUAUAUAAAGCCCAGCGUCCCUGCUUUUAGAUUUGUCAAUCUGCCAGGAUAGAGACUUCCAUAAAAUACUUUAGUAUUCCACCCAGGAGUUAACGUUACCAAACUAACUUCUACAACAUCAUUUGCUGGUAUUUGUAGGCAACACAAAUCCAUAACAGGAUGUUGGUUGCUUGUCAGGUGCUCCUUGCAAUUGCACCUGGCAGUUGGGAAUAUAAAAAUGCUAUCGCAGUUGUAAACUCCUAGAGAAAAUAAGUGUGUAGAUUUGCAGUGUUGAAAGAAUGCAAUGAAAUAUAUCCACAACAACAGAAUGCCAAGAAGACAAUGGAAGCCUUAAUCCAAUCAAAACCUUACACUGGUGGUGCACCCCCCACCUGUUUGCGGCAGUAUCCCCUUCAAAACUAUUUUGUAAAGUGUUGUCUGAAUGAACAGAUGCAAAAAAAAAUAUUGUGCAAUUAUCUGUCUCCUUUUUGUUUUUUGUUUGGGUUUUUUUUUUAAUCCUGUAAGUUUGAGUACUUCCGAUGUCUUGUAGGAAUUUAGACCCCAGGAGGCUAUUUCUGUGAGGAAGGAUGCUAGGCUGUGUUAAAGAAGCCAAAAUUUUCCUCCUUUGUAGCACUCCUGCAACAAAGGUUGGAUGGCCUUUGUGCAAUGACCAUCAAGAAAGUGUAUGAUAACCUUACAGUUUUAAAGAGCAAAUUAUGCACAAUAAAAUGGUUUAAAUUUCA